AAGAGUUUGAUUGUUGUUGUUGAUGUUUAUGAUUAUGAUUUCUCUUCUUCUUUUUUCUGUCUUUUACGCAUCAAUGAAUCAAUGAUUGAAUGGAUUUGAUAUUCAUAACACUUAUCAUAUUGUUUUAAUUAUUUUUCUUGUCAUUCCUUCUCUUCCAUCUUUUAUUUCUUUUCGUCAGCGAAGAUCGGAUGACUGGAACUUGUCCUCUUUGGUCCCGGAGUAUCUGAUUCGAACACGAUACGAAUAUUACCACCGCACCUUUGAGAGGGCUAUAAUAUUUAAUUACUCUUUGCAUUAUCUGCUGUCAUCUUUACGAUCGUUUAUUAUCAUCUCAGCAUCUGUGCCGCGCCGCGCCACCCUGUUCAAAUUCUCCUUUCCCAAGACGAUUUCUAUUUUUUGGGUUGAUUCUUCUCCGCUUUACUUUUGUUCUUUUAUCGGUCUUGCUUUUGUUGUUUGUGUGCAUAUACGUCAUUUUACCAUGCGGAUUCAGAGUGGGUUAUGGGUAUGCCCGUUGCUUGGGUGGAGGGUUGUGGAUGCUCUCACGGUUGAUACUUCACAGGCUGAUUCGAUUAAAAGCGCUGCGAGUUCGGUGGCUGCAAAUUUGGUGUCGUAUUAUCAUGGGAAUGAAUCGGGCCAAACUCCAGGUCUUUUACCUCCACCUUAUUUCUGGUGGGAAGGUGGUGGGAUGUUUAUGACAUUGAUAGAUUAUUGGCGCUAUACAGGUGAUACUUCUUACAAUAGUAUUGUAUCUGAAGCUCUUCUCUUCCAAGCUGGUCUAGAUGCCGAUUAUAUGCCUGUGAAUCAGACCAAAGAUGAAGGGAAUGAUGAUCAAGGAUUUUGGGGAAUGGCUGCUAUGUUAGCUGCCGAAUCGAAUUUUCAAAAUCCUCCUGCUGAUGAACCUCAAUGGCUUGCGUUGGCUCAAGCGGUAUUUAAUGAAAUGGCAAGUCGAUGGGAUACUAGUACUUGUGGAGGUGGAUUGAGGUGGCAGAUAUUCACUUUCAAUAAUGGGUUCACGUAUAAAAAUUCCAUUGCGAAUGGAUGUUUUUUCAAUAUAGGAGCUAGAUUGGCUAGGUAUACGGGAAAUCAAACGUACGCAGAUUGGGCGGAGACAAUCUGGCAAUGGGAAGAGAGUGUGGGAUUGAUUGAUAGUAGUUACAAUAUUUAUGAUGGGAGUAGUGAUACGGAUAAUUGUGCGAGUGUAGAUCGAUUGCAGUGGAGUUAUAAUGCGGGGAUUUAUUUGCAUGGAGCGGCGAAUAUGUUUAAUCAUACCGAUGGAAACUCCACUUGGCAACAACGCACCAACCAAUUGAUGAACACCUCAAUCAACAUCUUCGCCUCUAACAAAACAAAUUCCAUCAUCACUGAACAGGCCUGCGAAACGGUUAAUAAGUGUGACACCGAUCAACUUUCCUUCAAAGCCUAUUUCACCGCCUGGCUCGCCUCUACGUCUAUCCUCGCGCCUUUUACCGCUCAAAGUAUCUUUCCCAUCUUGCAAAGCAGCGCGAAAGCCGCGGGAGGACAAUGUGCGGGUACGGGGGGUGCGUGUGGGUUUAAGUGGACGGAAGGAACCUCUGAUAACAAUGUGGGGGUGGGACAGCAGAUGAGCGCGCUGGGCGCGAUACAGAGCGCGAUGGUGGCGGUUCCUGGUACGGAUAAUGCGAGGAUUGGCCCGGUGACGAACAGUACGGGCGGGACGAGCGUGGGAGAUAGUGCAGCCGGGAGUGCGAAGAUGGGCAGGGAGGGGAUGGGCAUGCAAGUGGUGGUUACGAGGGGGGAUCGCGUGGGUGCGGCGCUGGCGACGGUGGCGGUUUUGAUGAGUUUGUGUGGGGGGGCGGCGUUUAUGGUUUUGGGGGAGUAG